CAUUCGCCUAUAAAGCAGGGCUGUAUGGGAGGGGUUUGUGGGCCUUGCCUCCUGUCUGCCUUUAUAGCCGCCCUACACAGAAGCUCGCAGACACCACACUGAGAGCUUGUUUAGCUGGGAUAGCACACAAGGAAACAGAAUAAAAAUGGUGGUCUUAUCAAAGGAAUAUGGGUAUGUGGUUCUGACGGGAGCUGCUAGUUUUGUUAUGGUCGCACACCUGGCCAUAAAUGUGUCAAAGGCCCGCAGGCUAUACAAAGUAGAGUACCCUGCUAUGUAUAGUGAUGACCCUGUAAAUGGGAAAAUCUUCAACUGCAUCCAGAGAGCACAUCAAAACACACUUGAAGCCUACCCAGCAUUCCUGUUCUUCCUUGCUACUGGAGGACUUGCUCAUCCGCGUUGCACCAGUGCCUUGGGAUUAACCUGGAUAGUGGGCAGGGAGCUGUAUGCCCAUGGCUAUUCCACUGGCGACCCCAGCAAGCGCACAAGAGGUGCUAUUGGCUCCUUCGCACUUUUUGGUCUGCUUGGUACCAGUAUAUGUGCUGCCUUCAAACUACUCAACUGGUCAUUGCACCCAAAAACCUGGUGCUAAGGGAGAAGUGACUGCAAAGAAGCCUAAUCCAGUUCUUUUUGUAACCGUCCAUGUGCAAAACCUGGCUACAGUACCCCGGAGGGGGGGGGGGGGGGCUUGGCCUGAUGUACAAGUGUCUCACUAGCAUAAUAGCGAUGUAAACCAUUUUCUAAAUAAAAGUUAAAACUGUUGUCUAAA